AUUAUCCUUAAGUUGUCAGUAUCCAUAUUUAUAUACUAAAAGCAGAUAAGAAAAAGAAGCAAAAUGAUCAGCUGCAAGAAUUGUCUAUGUUGAAUUUCUUCUGUUUUGUUUGGACAAACUAAGAACUCUCUUCUCCUCUCUCUCUCUCUCUCCCUCUCCAUCUCCAUCUGAGCUUGAUCAUUUUGACUUCUCCAACUUUGACAUGGGAGAGGAUCAAGAAGUGCAACUACAAAUCACGGGGGAGGAAGCUGAAGAGAGAACUCCACCUGAGCACUCAAAUGCAGCCAACCAGCCAAAAGUCCUCCUACAGCAGAACUUUAGUUGGUGGCUCAAAAUAGCCAUCUUCACAUUCUUCCUUCUCUCUGGCCAGACAAUGGCAACAAUCUUGGGAAGACUAUACUUUGACAAAGGUGGAAACAGCAAGUGGAUGGCUACAUUUGUUCAAACUGCUGGCUUCCCUUUCAUCCUUGUCCUGUACUUCACAUCACCACUCAAAAAUCCCACCACCAACAAUACUAUUAAGCCAAACUCUCCCUCUAAAUUGAUUCGUCUGUUGAUUUAUACAACAUUUGGGAUAUUUCUAGCAGCAAAUUGCAUGCUGUAUUCACUUGGACUUCUAUACCUGCCAGUGUCUACUUAUACUCUAAUCUGUGCAUCACAACUAGGAUUCAAUGCUUUGUUUUCCUUCUUCCUCAAUGCCCAGAAGUUUACACCUUUCAUUAUCAAUUCUGUAUUUCUUCUUACUAUCUCUUCAACCCUCCUUGUAUUCAAUAAGGACUCCACAGAUUCAAAAAAGAUCUCCAAAGGGAAGUUUGUGAUUGGAUUUAUAUGCACACUUGGUGCUUCGGCUGGGUAUGGAUUGAUACUUUCUUUAGUACAAUUCUGCUUCAGAAAAGUGUUCAAACAAGAAAAUUUCAAGGUGGUUUUGGAUAUGAUUAUAUACCCAUCAAUGGUUGCCACUGCAGCUAUAUUGGUGGGACUUUUUGCCAGUGGAGAAUGGAAGACAUUGAAGAGAGAAAUGGAAGAGUUUGAACUGGGACAUGUGUCCUAUCUCAUGACUUUGAUUUGGACAGCUAUUGGUUGGCAAGCUUUCAAUAUUGGGUGUACUGGGUUGAUAUUUGAAGUUUCUUCACUCUUCUCUAAUAUCAUCAGUACUUUGGGUCUCCCAAUUGUUCCAGUGCUUGCUGUCUUCAUUUUCCAUGACAAAAUGAAUGGCUUGAAGGUGAUUGCUAUGGUUUUGGCUAUUUGGGGAUUUGUUUCAUACGUUUAUCAGCACUAUCUUGAUUAUCUCAAGUCCAAAGCUGGAAUAAACAAUGCCCAUGAAAAGUUUUCUAACUUUUCCUCUGCAGAACGAAAACUAAUACAUGAAUAAGAACCUUUUUAUGCCAAUUGGGAGAUAUGGCUACUCCUGUUUGCUUGACACAUUGUAAUUGAUCCAGGCACUGGCUUUCUUGCCAGCAGUUGAUUCUUGUAAUAAAUAUAUUGAACUUUUAGGAAGACUUUUUUUUUUUUUAAUUUUUAUAUUUUCAUUGAAUUUCCAAUUUAGUUUCUUUGUUGGAAAAUGAUA